GUUGACAUUUGAUUUUAAAUUAAUUGUAAAAUGUUGUGUGUAUUUUGACAUUUGGGCAUUUGGGUAGAGUUGAAUGUACCUAAAUUUGGGUAUUCAAAGGUAGACAUUGAAUGUAGAUAUCAAAAUUUGGGUAGUUUGUUAUUGAAAUGUGAAUUGUUUGUGAAUUUGGAGUUAAUGAUAUAUUACAAUUUUGGAAGCAAUUUCUAUUAAAAAUGUGAAUGUGUAUAAAGUGUGUAUAUUGAUGCCUACUCAUGAAUGUUGGACAAUGAGUUGUUAUUAGAAUAUGGAUUUCUCAAGCUUCCCACUCGUGUGUCAUUGGGGAGGGAACUAUUAUGAGAAUGGUGGGCAAAUAUGCCAUGAAGGUGGCAGAACGAGCUUUGUCAUGGUUUCUCGUGGCGCUUGCAUGCUCGAGAUCCUUCAAAAAAUACAUGCAGCGACAAUGAUUCAUCCCGGCCGUUCAUUGCGGUUGAAAAUGAAAUUUCCCAUGAACGGGGGAAAGUACAUGCUUAUGCCGCUCAUUGAUGAGCUAGCUAUAACAAAUAUGUGGGGCAUAAUUCAGAUGGAGGAUAUGUCGUCGCUGGAGGUAUACAUUGAGGAAUGCUUUGACGCUAAUGCUACUCAAUCGACAUCAAAUGCUGGUGUAUCUAGGCAUGAUGUCAGUGCAGGGGUGAAUGCAGGGAAGUCGUCAAAGGUUCCUGUACUAGACAUGGUUAUACAGGAGGAUGGCAGGUAUUUGCACAACGGUGCGUCAUUUGUGGAUGGGCAGGGAAGUGAUGAUGAUGCAGACGAGAACAUCAAUGGUGACGACAUGACAGAAUCUGAUGAAGAUGAUGGUGAUACUGUGACACCAACUGCCCCGUCUAGUCACUUCACUAGAAUGUAUGAUCUCCCUGAAGGUUUUACUGAUGCGUGGAUGAGUGGAUCAGGUGAGAAAAGGUUUACCCCCGAUGGUGAGUUUGAGGUCGGUCAACAGUUUGACAACAAAGAACAAGUCAUCAAUAUGGUGAGCUUGUAUUCUAUCAAACGGAACCAAUUCUAUCGGGUGAUAGAGUCCGAUAAACACAAAUGGGUGGCACAAUGCAAAAGGAAGAAAGAAUGUCAAUGCCCCUGGAGAAUACGCGCCACAAAGAACAAAGGCAACCUUGACACCUUCACAAUUGUGCGUUAUUCUGGACCUCAUUCUGCUUCUUGUGUAGGCAACAUCGACACUACAGAUCACGUGGCCUUGACAUCAGAAUUCAUCUGUAAAGAUGUGGUUGACAUUAUUCGCACUGAUCCUUCUCUUAAAGUGCAUACUAUCAUCGAGAUGUUGAAGGAAAAAUAUGGGUAUACUGUAUCUUACCGGAGAACAUGAAUGGGGAAGCAAAAGGCCAUAGCACAAAUAUUUGGCAGUUGGGAAAAGUCAUAUUUCGAGUUGCCCCGUUUCAUGACAGCGCUCCAACAUUCUAAUCCAGGAACUGUUGUUCAGUGGUACCCACCCCCCAAUGGUGCGACAGGUUAUAUGAUGUUUCAAAGAGUUUUUUGGGCAUUCAAGGCAUCAAUAUCUGGUUUUAAGCAUUGUCGACCCGUACUUACUAUUGAUGGCACACACAUGUAUGGAAAGUACAAGGGCACAUUGCUCGUGGCCAUGGGUUGUGAUGCGAACAACCAAAUUUUCCCAGUCGCCUUUGCAGUUGUUGAAUCGGAGAAUGGAGACAGUUGGCCAUGGUUUAUGGCAUGUAUUAGGCAUUUUGUGACUAACAGGGAGUUGUGUGUCAUUUCAGAUAGACAUGGAGGUAUUGUUAGGGCAAUGAAUGAGGUGGGAAGUAAUUGGGAGGAGCCUUAUGCGCAUCAUAGGCUAUGCAUCCGUCAUCUUGCUUCAAAUGUGCACACUCAUUUCAAAGACAUUCAUUUAAAAAAUCUAUUUGUGUGGACCGCACGACAACAUCAGAAAAAAAAAAAUUUGAUGGUGGGUUCAAGAAGAUAGGUGAAAUGAGUAGGGAUGCACGACAAUUUUUGGCCAACAUUCCUCCAGAAAUGUGGUCGCUGCACCAUGAUGGCGGGUACAGAUACGGUACCAUCACUUCAAAUCUGGCUGAGGUUUUCAAUAGCGUCAUGAGCCUUCUGCGUGGUUUGUCCCAUUUACAUGUCGACCCCAGAGUCCUAGCCUAUGUUCGUGCAGCAGGUUUUUUUACACUGCACAGGUUAGUGGCUACUGUGCCUUUAGAUAGAGCCCUCCUCACUGCUCUACUUGAGCGUUGGAGGCAGGAGACACAUUCAUUUCACCUCCCUGUUGGUGAGGUCACUGUGACUUUGGGAGAUGUGGCUGUACUUACCGGGUUAGAGGUUGAUGGGAGAGCUGUUACAGGCACUGCUUGUCGACAGUGGGUGGAUGAGUGUGAGAGGUUGUUAGGCAUCCGCCCCGUUCUUAGGGCUGACCUUCAGGGGUCAUCUCUUAGGAUGCCAUGGUUGAGGGAGCACUUCCAGGCCCUUCCUCCCGACGCUGAUGAGAUGAUCAUCCAGCAGCAUGCUCGGGCGUAUAUAUUGAUGAUGAUGGGAGCCUCCAUUUUCGCUGACAAGAGCGGAAAUGAGGUUCAGGUGCUACACUUGCCUUUGUUUGAGAGGUUUGAUGUAGCAGCACAGUUUAGCUGGGGUAGUGCCACCCUGGCUUAUCUCUACAGGCAGCUGUGUCGCGGGUGCCAGAGAGGGAGCACAGAGCUGGGUGGAUUUUUGCUACUCCUCCAGAUUUGGUCAUGGGAGUAUAUCCACAUUGGCCGUCCCAUUAUAGUUGGAUAUCAUGGCAUUGAUGGACAGCCACUGCCUGAUGAGCCUCCACGUCUGCUAGGACCACAUCAUGUACGGGGCGUGGACCCUCUAGGCCGUCGGUGGCUAUAUGCUGGUUUAUCUCGCAUGUCAUCCGCUACUGGCCUCGGUGUGUACAGGGAUGCAUUGGAUCGGAUGUCAGAGGACCAGAUCACAUGGAUGCCGUAUAGACCUGAUAUGUUAGCAGAGUUGCCCCCAGCUGGCCGAGAGCAGACUCACAUAUGGCGAGCACGUGUGCCGCUGAUAUGUUUUGACAUUGUUGAGCUUCAUUUGCCUGAUAGAGUCAUGCGACAGUUUGGGUUUGAGCAGGUCAUUCCACGUCCUAUCGACACUUAUGUAGAGCUGCAUAGGCUGGAUAGGCGUGGGAAGCAUACAGAGGAUUGGGCACUCAGACAUGUCCGAUACGUGACUAUGUGGGAUAGGAGAGCUGAGCUAGCUGUGGCUGGGACACCCACAUAUGUGCCAUCAGUUUCAGGAGAUUACAUGGGAUGGUACUACAGCAUCACUCGGUUGUUUGUGUCUCCUUCGUUCAGACUCCCUACUCAUCAUUAUCAGCCUAGCUCAUUGGCAUUGCAUCUUACAACACGAGCUUUGCAGCGCAUACAUCAGCGGGCUACUGCCACUGUGACUGAUAUUCCUGAUGUGGACAUGUAUGGACAGACUCUGACAGGCAUUGCCUCGUUAUGCUCAGAUGUGUUGGGUCGAGUAGACUACGGACAUCUUAUACACAUGCCCGCAUCUCAGGAGAUGGCAUCCACGUCUAGUGCAGCUGCGGCUUCAUCAUCCCAGACGCAACAUGAGAGAGUGGUUCUUCAACCACGACAACGCCGUAGGCGUAGACAUGAGCAGCAACAUCUCCAUGACGAAGCUGAUGAUGGGAACUUGUAGUUUGUCUUUUGUAUUGUAGUUUUUCUUAUGCAGUAGAUGUUGUAGGAACAAUUUACAAGUUUUGAUGUAUUUUCUCUUGUUAAGUAUUCUAUGUUGUAUUGAUGUGUUCGAGUAUGAAUAUUAUAUGAUUAUUUGUUAUGGCAUAUAU